GACUGACUGGCACUGUUGUUAAAAAGAAAAACAAUUUAGUUAUUAAUAUUCUAAUUAAAUAAUUGUACUAUCUGCCAGAGCAAUCGAGCAGAUAGACGACACAAUCAUUAUGUGGAACACUAAGAGUAUGAUUGUAAGGACAGAUGGAACCAGAAGACAAGUGAAUGUUGACGAACAAGAUUUUGGUGGUCCAGGUAACCAUGAUCGGCAGGAUCAUCACCUGCGACAUUUAGAAGGUGUAAAUUUUGAUAGAAAUUAUGAUGGCCGCUAUCCUGACAAUUAUGAUUAUCAUAGAGAAAUGGCCAUGAAUGAGAGAAUGGACAGAGACACCUAUCAUGACCUUAAUAGAAGGCAUAUCGAUGAUUUUAAAGUCCAAGACAGACCUGAUUACAGAUCUCCAUCUCCAUACUUAAGGAUUGAACAACGAAGGGAAUGCUCACCUGAAGUAGACUUGAGAGCCACAAUGAGAAACAGAAGAAGUGUUUCCCCUCAUUCCCAGAUCUCACGAAACCAAGAACCUGACCUGCGUGUUUAUUUACAACAGCGAAAAUCAGAGAGGACCUAUUUUCCAGCUGCAGAAGGUGUGGCCCCUGUAUUCCACCUCCAUUCCACUGAGCGGGAAUACUUUAGUGGUGAAAGGAGUUCAUUUGGAAUUAGAGAAGAUUCCAGAGAAAGAUUCAUGGACCAUGAGAGACAUUUGAGUUUAAGAUCACCAGAUAUGGGCGAUAAAUAUCACGACAGGCAUGAUAGCACCAGAGAUCAUGAACCAUUUGAAAGAUCGGGAAUAGACAACACCAGAGAUCGAGAACAGUUUGAAAGAUCAGGAAUAGAUAACACCAGAGAUCGAGAACAGUUUGAAAGAUCAGGAAUAGAUGGCACCAGGGGUCGAGAACUAUUUGAAAGAUCAGGAAUAGAUGGCACCAGGGGUCGAGAACUAUUUGAAAGAUCAGGAAUAGAUAACACUAGAGAUCAAGAACCAUUAAAAAGAUCAGGAAGAGAUAGCACCAGAGAUCCAAUUGAAAGAUCAGGAAGAGAUAGCACCAGAGAUGCAUUUGAAAGAUCAGGAAUAGAGAACCACAGCAAUCAAGAACCAUUUGAAAGAACAGGAAGAGACAACACCAGAGAUCGAGAACCAUUUGAAAGAUCAGGAAGAGACAACACCAGAGAUCAAGAACCAUUUGAAAGAUCAGGAAGAGAUAGCACCAGAUAUCAAGAACCAUUUGAAAGAUCAGGAAUAGAGAUCCGCAGAGAUGAAGAACCACUUGAAUGGCCAAGAAGGGAAUCGUCUUUAGAGAAUUAUAUGAGAAGGAAUUCGCCACAAUCAAGAAUCUCUGAUCCUUCACCGUCCAAUAAGAGAAACAGAUCACAAGAAAGAAGUCGGUCAAAUCACCGAAGGCGUGGUGACAGAAGUAGUUCUCGACACUCCAGAAACUCUGGAAGAUCACGUUCUACCGGGAGACAUGAAAUGUCAUCACAAUCUAGGAAUGAAAAAAGAGAUGGGAACAGGAGUCGUUCUCCACAUCAGAGAAGAUUUGAAGAAAAAGCAAGAUCCACAAUUCUGCCAAGAAGUUUAAGUGAUACGAUUAGGUCUCCGAAUCCUAACCAUAGUAAAAUGAUUGAAUCAAAUGUUAGGCAAGAUCUAGUGAGACAUGAAUGGAUGCAUGAAGAUCAGAAACAUAAUCACAACUUUGAUUCAGAAUCUAGAAGACUAGGAAAUAACUUCAGAAAAUCCCCAGAGAGGAGGGGUGCAUCUAACAAAGAAAGCAGUCCGUCUAAAAUAGCUGCUGCAAAUGACAGGCCUAGAAAACACAGAGAUGAGUCAGAGUCAUGGAGAGAAAGAGCUCCUGCUAGUGACAAACCAAGAACACAAGGGAAUGGGUUGGGUGCUGGAUCUAGAAGAGAAAGAAGUCCCCCAAGAAGCGCUCCUUCCAAUGAUAAGCCUAGAGCAAUAAGAGAUGAGCCAAAAACUAGUAGGGAAAAAAGUCCUUCAAGAAGAGGUCCUGCCAAUGAUAGAUAUAAAACACACAGGGAUGAGCCUGAUUUGGGAUCUAGAAGAGAUAGCAGUCAUUCUAGAAGUGCUCAUGCCAAUGAAAUAUCAAAAAAACAUCUAUCUGAAUCAACUCGACGAGUAUCAAAGAAGGAUGAAUCACUUAGUAGGGUCAGUCGUGAACGACGUACACCAGAAUCAGGUAAAAUAAAAGGCAGAAAUUCUGCCUCCAAACAAAGACCUAGAAAGGCAAAAACACCACCAUUGGAGUUUCUUGAAAAAGCUGUAUUAAAAGAGCAGUUGAAAAGAAAAUCCAAUGAGGGAAACACAGCAGAGAUAUCAGCAGAUUUUCUUGGCAGAGGACUGAAACGUUCUAGGUCACCAUCAGCAUCUGUAGACAGACAAGAUUUUGGAAGACAAGAAUUUGACUUCUUGGAUGAUGAUGCUAUCAGCAGAAACAUUGCAGCAUGCAGAAUAUCAUCUGAGCAGUCGGUAAAAGUUAUUCAAGAUAUGAUAAAGAAGAAUAAACCAGUGUCAGAGCUGAUCAAAACAAUAGAAUCUCCACAUAUGACACCAGAUGCUUCAAAAAAUAACCCCAAACAAUCAUUUGAUGAUAAAAUAAAACAAUUUGCUCUCAGAACUGAUACUGGUUCCUUUGGCAUGCCGAGCCAAGGUUUAUCAUUCGAUGGAAGAGAAGUUAUUCAGAGGAGUGAAACAAGUGAUACCAUCCCCAUGGAAGACAUUGAUGGUGUUCCAAUUUCUAAAGCAGAUUUCAAAAGUAUAAUGAAGUCAAGGAAACCUGCUGAGACGAAUACAGAUGCUGUUGAAGAUCCCAAAGAUAGAUUCAGAAACUUCCAGAGCAAAUUUCCUGAUUUUCCCAUAAGGAGUGAGUUUAGGAAAUCGGAAAAUUUAUCAAUUAUGAAAAAGCCCCCGGCUGUUGAACAAGUUAAGCAAACACGGGACAAAUUUAAGUCCCUGAAAGAUUUUACGGCACAUUGCAUCAACUGUGAUGAAGUGUAUGACCCAAUGAACCCUACCAAAGACACCGGUGAAAUAGAAAUCCAGUCUAACCAUCCCCCUGAAAAUAUUGCCCCCAAAUUGAAUCUUAUGGAGAAUAUUCAACUACCAGAUUUUGAAACUGAAUACCCAUAUUCAAGAUCAGAUAUACAGGGCAAAAAGGGAUCAAAGUCUGCUGAACCAAGCCCUGUGAAUACCAAAGAAUCUCAAAUUAAAGAAGAAAGUAAAUCCGGCUACUGGAAGUCUCCUAAGUUAGAGUCCUUAGAUAUAUUCAACCUGUGGAAUAAGGUUCCAGCUGUCUAUAGUAAUAAUAAAGAGUCAGUAGAGAUAAAAGAAGAACAGAAAAACAUAAUCCCUGCUGAUGUUCCAGCAUCAGUUCCUCCAACUGCACCAGCUUUUCAGUUGGAUGAUUCUUAUUUCAAUUCCCUAAAGACAACUUUAUCCAAUUUGAAAGACAUUGAAUCUGGAAAAGGAACUGGCAACUUUGAUAUGAUGACUGAUCUGAAUGCUAAUGAGCCUGGUGAAAAUGAUAAUAAAGUUGAACCAGAACCAGAUGAAUCAGAAUGCAGUGAAGUAAGUGGGGUUCUAGAUCCGAGUCUAGAAGAGAAGUUGAAUGCCCUUCGCUUCUAUAUCAGAUACUGCAAGAAAAGCGGUGGUGAUGUUGCAUUGAUAGAUGCCGCCAUCCAAGAUUACCAAGGGGAAGACAAACUGAAAAAAGAGUUCAGAAUAAGAGAAUUACAUAGAAUUAGAGAGAAAGUGUUCUAUACGGGAGCUUUGUAUAUCGGCGGACAGUUCUUUGCCGACGUAUUUCAUCAGUUUAAGUACGAAUGCAAAAGUUUAUGCCAUGAAGAGGCUGUAAAAGUUUGUCGUAAUUGUACGAUGGAGGAGAUUCGAGCGCGAAAACCACGUUCGAUGGACGAGUUGAGAGAAUUCUUAAUUAAUCAAAUUAAAGAGUCAGAAAAGAAAGAGUGGAACACGCCUGUAAAUAUCUUUAAACGUUUUAUUAAAAGUUUGAAGAAUGCUAAAAAUGUUCCUCUGAACGUCUCUGCGAAAAUUGGGAAUGCUGUUAACAUCUCUAAAACAUCCACAUUCUUCACUUACAAAGAUGAGUGGACGUUUAGUAAAAAAGGAGAAAGGAUGUGCCAGGGUCAAUGUUCUCUAGCAGAAAUACUCAUCGGCGUCUCGGCAGAAAAUUCAAAGAAGGUUGCCAAGCAACAAUGCAUGGAAAUGGUGUACACGCGAUUCAUGUUGUUUCCGGCUGAGCAGUUGGUUCAGGGUCUCUCGGCGAAGGAAAUCGAGGAAGGGUUGAAGAAAUUGAAUUCUUCUUCUGCAGACACAACACAAAAUACAAGUUUAAAGAUCGUAAAAGAAAAUAUGGAUUUGCUGAUCGACCAUUUAAAGCGGACUGUUGAAGAUACAAACUUCAUUGAAAAAUUGGAUAAACUGGGUACCCGCCUGAAAGUUCCCACACUUUGUGUCUUCAGGAAAACCAACACCGUUGAUAAAAAUAACGUUAUGAUCAUACGCUGUGAGUUGUAUGUAGCUGAUUAUCUGGUUGCCGUUGGUUCCGGAAGUUCAAGAAAUGCAGCGAAAGUGGAUGCGUAUACUCGGUGUAAUCAGUUUAUGAUAGCUACGAAUGCCCAGCAUAUCAUUUUAAAUCAGAAGAAAUUGGCUCCAGCAGAUCUUACUGCUGCAGACGUCCUCUCUACAGAUAAAGGCCAGCCUGUCACCAAUCGAGAAUCGAACAAGAAACAUCUAAAGAAUUAUAAAAGUGGAGAACAGACGACCACCGUUCGUGACAUAGUGAUCUUGGAAACAGCAUCCCAAAAGAAAAACCAUUGGCAGAAUGCAUUUAAAAUCCUAGAGUACAGCUGUAGACAUAAUCAGAUGUUGAUGGAAUGGGAAUGUGUUACAGAAGGUUCUAAUUUUAAGUUUCCGAUCUAUAUUCAAGGUGAAGAAGUGUCGUCACGUAAUAUUACAGCUCCGACAAAACAUCGAGCAAGAAUACUGUCCUGUGCUGAUACUUUAUAUAGCUUAUACGAAUCUCGCCCAGUUAUUGAGGUUAUGAAAGAAUAUGACACAGAGGGUGCUUUUAGCAGCGAGGAUAUUGAACAACAGGCAAAGAUGAUGCAAAUGUCCGGAAUGACGGUCGAAGAACUUCCAGAAGACAUCCUAGAUGAUCUGGAAGAGGAACAAGACACUUCUAAUUUCAAAUGGUUGUAUGCCGUAUUAGAAAGUAUGUUUUCUAUUUUUGACAAUGAAGAAACUUUAGAAGAACUGACAUUUGGGCCCAAUUUUAAGAAUUUUUUCUUGGUCAAGUAUUUUAAGAAAAAAUAUAAUGUGCGCUACAAUAUGUUGCGAGAAAAAGAUGGAAAUGUUUAUCAUGCUGUUAUACCUCAGCAUUCACCAACAGAAAUGUAUGAAAUCCUGAAAAAAUGUGGUGGGGUCAGCGGUAGAUACAAAAUAAUACCCAAUUCUGAGCUGCCACUUCGUGACGAUAAGAAAUUAAACGAGGAAUUGGCGUUGGCUAAAAAUGCUGCAGCUCUUACAGACAGUUCUCUCGUGGAAAAAUUCAAGACGGAAACGGACCGAUUGAAAAGGGUGAUAAAGGAUAUUGUCAAACCUAGUCAAUCCGAAGAAAGAAACAAGGAUAGGAAUAUAACUGCUAAGGCAAAGUCUACUAAGGAACAGCAAAGAAAUGUUAACCGGUCUGCAGGAGUUAACCAGUCUAGAAGGGUUAAUCCACCUGCAGGGGUUAACCAACCAAGAGGCGUUAAUCUGCCUGCAGGAGCUAAUCAACCUAUAGGAACUGGUGGAUCAGUUAUUGUUUAUCCUACCCAUCAUAUGAAUACAGUGAUCCCGGACACCAAUGUGCCGCCACCCGGCUAUGGCUCAGGCUAUGGAUCAAUGACACACGAUCCACAUCCAUCAAAUACAAAUUUCCUACCAACGCAAGGUUUCCCAAACAGUUCAUUGAAUCAGAUGCCAAAUGUCAUGCAAGGUUCGGAAGCACCUUUUCGACCUCCUGGAAGUAAUUUUCUACCACAACAUUAUACCACACCCCCUCCCAUAAGUUCCAACCGCUUCAACAACUUUGAUCGCAAUGGACCAGAAAAACACAAGUCUGAUUCUACAGAAUUUCAUAGACGGGAUCAAGGCAAAAGUAAAGAUAAUUAUAGAGGGGAUCAUUUUACUAGUACACAGUCUCGACAGUCCUCAUCAUCAUCGUAUAAUCAAGGUCAGGGGUUACAGGAUUCAAGGUCAUCAAACAGACCGAUACCUGGAUACGCCGAUAGACGUUUCAAUGCCAACUACAGGCCUUACUGAUUAUCCUCUCUCUUUGUUAAGUCCUGGGAAGGACAUUGAACCAUUUGUUCACAUUGUAAGAAAAGAAAUUGUACCAUUUGGGAGAUUGUUUUUGUGACUGAUGUCAGUUGAAUUAAUCUGAAAUAUGUCAUAUAUUAACAAGUGUUAGGAAAUAAUGACAUAGGAAGUUAAUCAACUGAGAACUUUAACAGUAAUUUCCAAUUGGUGCAUGUCUUACAGUAGAACAGGUGUGUGACAUCAGAUUCUGUCUCAGGAAAGCCAAAAAUGUUUGAAAGUAACGUUAAAGUCCCAUGACGGACAUUCUUGUUACUUGAAAGUGUCUAGAAGGUUCCAGGACAGACAGAUCAUCUUGUUUGUGAGUGUUUAUAAUUUUUCAGAAGGUGAAGAUCAUCUUGUGAGCAUCUUUUUUGGGAUCCAGAAAGCUUUGAUCAUCCUGUUUGUGAGUGUCAACCAGAUUCCUGAAAGAAAAGUUCAUCUUGUUUUUGAGUAUCUAGCAAGGUCCAAGGGAUUGAAAUGUCAUCUUGUUUGGAAGUAACUACAAGGUCCCAGGAAGAGAAGAUCAUCUUGUUUCCAAGUAAUUACAUGUCCCAGAAAGUGAAGAUCAUCAUCUUUUGGAAGCUAAAAAAAAGGGUUGUGGAUCAUCAGUAGUGAAUUGAAGAAAGCGAAUGUAUAUAAUGUCCUCUAUGCCAGAGAUGUGUCACAAUCAUUAUUUUGAUAAUUGUAUAUAGUAAUAAUCAUGGGGCAAUUUAUAGAUGAAUAAUAAAGGGCUGUAUUUGAAACACACCCUUGUGAAUGUAUCUACCAAUGGACAUGUGAAGCUUUCAGAGAAUUAUGACUGAUUUCUUCUUUGAAAUUGUUAGUUGUUAAAUUUGUGAAUGUGGACCAAACAAUUGUUAGUGUGAUAGGAGUUAACUGUCUAGUAUGAAUUGAUUGGUGCCUCUUAGAAUGCUGUCCAGAAAGUAACAAGUAAAUUGUUUCUGGAGAAUAGUCUACAAAGAAAAGGUUAUUUGGAGUAGCAUGUGAAGAAAAUGUUUCUAGGGAACAGAUAUUUGAAGAAAAAGUUUCUAGGGAGCAGUCGAUGAAGAACACGUUUCUGGGGAGCCAUCUGUGAAGAAAAGGUUUCUCAGUAGCAGUCUGUGAAGAAAAGGGUUUCUGAAGAGCUGUCUGAAAAAAGGGUUUCUGAGAUUAUGAGAGAGCCAUCUGUGAAGAAAGGUUUUCUGAAAAGUAGUCUGUGGAGAAAAGGUUUCUGGGAGGCAGUUUCUGAAGAAAAAAGUUUGUGGAAAGCAGUCUGUAAACAAAAGGUUUCUGAAGAACCAUCUGAAGAAAAGGUUUCCGGAAAGCAGUCUGUGAAGAAAGGGUUACUGGGGAGCCGUCUGUGAAGAAAGGCUUUCCAGUAAGCAGUCUGUGAUGAAAGGUUUUCUGAAAAGUAGUCUGUGGAGAAAAGGUUUCUGGGAGGCAGUUUCUGAAGAAAAAAGUUUGUGGAAAGCAGUCUGUAAACAAAAGGUUUCUGAAGAACCAUCUGAAGAAAAGGUUUCCGGAAAGCAGUCUGUGAAGAAAGGGUUACUGGGGAGCCGUCUGUGAAGAAAGGCUUUCCAGUAAGCAGUCUGUGAUGAAAGGGUUUCUGGAGAGCUGUCUGAAGAAAAGGUUUCUAGUGAGCAGUCUGUGGAGAAAAGGUCUGCCAUAUCUGUUAUAUUUAUAGCACGGCUUUCAUGAGUUAACAGGUUUAACCAGAGGCCGCAGGCCGAGAUGUUAAACCUGUUAACGAAUGACUUGUUAACGAAUGCUAUGAAUGACUUGUAACAUUGAUACCUGCUCAACAUGCUUGUUGUUAUUGCACAGAAAACCCAUCCUACUUCUCUAUAUGAUUUCUACUAAAACUAGUGUAAACCAGCAAAAGUGUGCAAUAACAUUGAACAUGUCCAGUUUUUGCACGGUUAAGCACCACCCAAUCUCUAAGAGGGAAACAAUCUGCUUAUUCAAAGAAAAGAACAAAGGAAGAUUUCCCGUCCAUGUUGCAAAGCAAGUAUGGAUACAGAGAUAAUGAAAAGAUUUGGGGGUGAGGGGUCGUAAGUAACAAUAACCCAUCUGGAUCUGACCUACCUCUGAUUUGGUUGGAGAGUUAUUGUGAAUGAAAUCAAAUAUUUUUGAAUAUGGUGUGUAUAUAUCUGUGAUCUAUAAUUUAGAGAAAUUAUUUACUAUAGUUACAUUGAGGAAAUAUUGAAAUACAUCAAAUAAUACCCAAAAUUGUUACAUAUAAUUGAUACUCCACUUAUAGAGUACUUUCCAGUGAAAUACAGGUUUUGGGAUAUGUCCUGAAUAAAGAAGGCAAUCAAUAGAAAUAAUUGGAUCUCAGUAUCGAUCAUCCUUGGUAUCCAUGCACAGGGGUGACACAGUCAAAUUAUCCACCCUUGAUACUUCUGCUAUGUGGGUGAAGGGAAGUAACUAACAUUUUAUUGCAACUAAGAUUAUUGUGGUGUACAUAAACAAUGAUGCUAAGACUGGUAUGUAAACUGUUUUGUGAUUGGUUCGUAGAAUCAACAUACGAUCAAGGGUAGACAAUUUGAAUUCGCGAGUCGGAAGGAACAAUAUCAUUGGGGAUACCAAAGAUGAGUAUCGAUCAGAAAGUAGGAAAAUUGGCUCCACUGUUUAAUUGUUGAACAAAAUUUUACUGUCUUGUGUGUAUAUAUUUAUAAGCUUACCAGAUUGUUAGUUAUUUUAAUUGAAUGAUUUGGGUCACAUCAAUUUUUUUUUGACAGAUGAGGAUAGUGAUGCCGAACUUUACUGUUUGUUUGAUAGAUUGAAGCAUUGUAUCUAAAGUGAUUAAGUAUAGUGAAGCUGAAAAUUAUUUUGGUGUUUGAGUGUCUUUAGGAAAAAUUCCAAUAAAAGAAUCAUGGUCGAAAUUUGUGCAUAAUCACCAUGAUUGAUCAAAUUUCAUGCAGGUUAAAAUUAUAAUUAAUCAUAUGAGAUUCAGUUUUCACAAGGGAUUCCAAAUCCCAUAUUGUAAAGUGAACCGUUUUAAAGGACAAUAUUGGGGUCAGUCAUUAUUACAUAUGUGAUAGAACUGGUUAAAUACAUUCCAAAUAUAAUUUCAACACAGAGAUCAUUCUUUUUUUGAAUUGUCUGAUAUCCUCUCACCGUCUCAUAUAACGUUUCAUCUUCAACUGAAUUAUCAGUCAAAUGAAAUUCGAUCGCGUGUCUGUUAUCGCUUGUUACUUCAGUCAGUUAUAUAGAAGGAUAACUCGUGUUUGUCAUGUUGUCGUCACUUCCCGUUUCUUCACGUGCUUGUUACACAUCUCCCGUAGCAAUGAUCUCUGUGUUAAAAUUAUAUUUGGGAUGUAUUUAACCAGUUCUAUCACAUAUUUUAUAAUGACUGACACCAAUAUUGUCCUUUAAUGAAAUGAAUUGGUUAUUUUCUCUUUAUAAGCCUAUUGUAUAUUCCACCAUUGAUAAUGUAUAGAUAUAUACUCUAAAAUACACCAUUGUUGUCCAUGUAAUUAUGGAGUUUGCUUGGUAGUUCGAAUGGUUAAAUGAAUGUACUUUAAAUCAUAAGGUCUGUCAUUGAGACAAGUUUCGAUCCCACAUUUGUACGUGACAAGGAGUAGGGUAGUCUGCCUAAUCUACUACCACUGCUUAAGAUACGUAUGCACAAGCCAAUUAUUGAAAUAAAAUUUAACCAUAACAGUUUCACGAUGACCUAGUUUAUGAUGUCAUCUCUCUAUGUAAUUAUGGAAUGUAAUUUUAUCAGUGCUUGUUAAAUGACAAUAACAGCAUGACCAUGUGAUUUUACAUAUAUGAUAGAAAUUAUUGAAAAGAUAUCCGCCAUUGCAAUUGGACACCCCCCCAAAAAAAAGAAAAAAAAAGGAAAUCAGUUAUUGUUAAAGAUUGUCGUAGAGAGUGAUAGCGGCUCUAUACGGUGGUUUGCAGCUCACUGAUAAUUCUGCUGAAGAUUAAGAGUAGCUUUGUGAGACUGUGAUCCAUGAGAGGAUAUUAUUUGAAAUAUAAGUGCAAAAUUUAUGUUUUUUGCAUCUUGUAUAAUCAGUUCUUAUAGAUGUGUAUAACUAAAUCUUGUCAUAAAAUAUAUAUCUUUUUUAAAAAAUAGCUGUAUGUUUAUCAUACUUAAAAAUAAAAACACCGAAGUUAAAACAUU